UACUGUAAUACCAUUAUAAUAAGGCUGAGCUAUUUCCUCUGUCAAGGCUUCAUCUGUGUAACCAGGCAGGAUGGCGGGGGCAGAGGUCUACGGCCCUGUUAACCCCUCCUGCCCUGCUUCCUUAGGAUGUUAUUAUACCGCUUCCCCCCGUAGGUAAUAGAACAUAUUACUGUAAUACCAUUAUAAUAAGGCUGAGCUAUUUCCUCUGUCAAGGCUUCAUCUGUGUAACCAGGCAGGAUGGCGGGGGCAGAGGUCUACGGCCCUGUUAACCCCUCCUGCAAGAUCAUGACCUUCAGGCCCACCAUGGAGGAAUUCAGAGACUUCAACCAGUACCUGGCCUACAUGGAGUCACAGGGGGCGCACCGUGCUGGCCUUGCCAAGGUAAUUCCUCCUAAGGGCUGGCGUCCUCGGUGUAGCUAUGAUGAUAUUGAUGACCUGGUGAUCCAUGCUCCUAUACAGCAGAUGGUUGCUGGUCAAUCAGGCCUGUUCACUCAGUACAACAUCCAGAAGAAACCCCUCAGCGUUAAGGAGUUCAGACGCCUCGCCAACAGUGACAAAUACUGUACUCCCCGUUACCUGAACUAUGAGGACCUGGAGAGGAAGUACUGGAAGAACGUGACCUUCGUAUCUCCCAUAUAUGGAGCUGACGUCCCCGGGAGCCUCUAUGACGAGGGUAUAGAGGAGUGGAACAUCGGCCACCUCAACUCCAUCCUGGAUGUGAUUGAAGAGGACUGUGGUGUUUCUAUCCAGGGGGUCAACACACCCUACCUGUACUUUGGCAUGUGGAAGACCAGCUUCUCCUGGCACACUGAAGACAUGGACCUCUACAGCAUCAACUACCUGCACUUUGGAGAGCCCAAGUCCUGGUAUGCCAUCCCCCCUGAGCACGGGAAGAGGCUAGAGAGACUGGCUACAGGUUUCUUCCACAACGGGUUUAAAGGGUGUGAGGCUUUUCUCCGUCACAAGAUGACCCUGAUCUCCCCCUCCAUCCUGAAGAAGUACAGCAUCCCCUUCGACAAGAUCACCCAGGAGGCAGGGGAGUUUAUGAUAACCUUCCCCUAUGGUUACCACGCUGGCUUCAACCACGGCUUCAACUGUGCCGAGUCUACCAACUUCGCUAGUGUCCGAUGGAUCGACUACGGCAAGGUGGCCACUCAGUGUACAUGCAGUAAAGACAUGGUGAAAAUCAGUAUGGAUCCCUUCGUGAAGUGGUUCCAACCGGACCGCUAUGCCGUAUGGAAGCUGGGGAAAGACUCCGGUCCUCUGGACCACACCCGAGCCACGCCCGCCACCACCCCUGAGCUGCAGAACUGGCUACAGCGCAGCCGGGUCAAGACUCCUGGGAAGAGCAGCCUCCCACACCCACAGACCAGAUCCAAGCGCCUGAGGACCAGCGAGGAGCCUGUAGCCCUGGAAGGGUGCUCUGUCCUGGGUAGGAGGAGAGGCCUGGGGGGCACCCUGGCUCCCAAGAUCCGGAGAGGCUGCAGGGCCGUGGUAGAGGAGGAGGAGGAGGAGGAGGAGGAGGAAGAAGGAGAGGGAGAGGAUCAGACUGAGAAUACACUCCGGCUACCUGGUCCUUGCCGGCAGAUGUGUGUGGUGAAAGUCAACAGGAUGGAAGUGGAGAGUGACCGGUUGGCCUUCCCCUGUCCUCCUGAACCUCUACGUCCCCUCGACCCCUCGGGGUCAGAGUUCACAGAGGUCAUUAAAGGACCCCAUCAGAGGUCCGAGGCUGCCCCUACACCUGCCCGAUCAGAAAGAACAGAAACCCCAGGAGGACCCUUUAUGUCACCCCUGAUCCGAACCCCGAGCACGGAGUAUAAAAUGGAGACAUGUCAAGGUACUGCGGUUGAUGCUAACAACUCUACUGCUACCACUACGACGCACAGCAGUCACAACUCUGGAAGCAGAACGCCUGCACUUUAUAAUGGCAUUUACACUAAUACUGACUCUGUGCCCAAAGGAUGCGUUAGCUCCAGCUCUGGUCCAUCUAACUCGUUCAGGUGUAGUGAACAGAACUGUGCCCCCGUACAAAACCCUUCCCCUCCAAGGUGUAGUUUACAAAACUGUUCCCCCGUUGACACCUCUCCCCCCUUUCCAAGGUGUAGUACCCACAACUGCACCCCCGUUGAAAACUGUUCCCCUCCUCUCCUCCAGAGGAACGGCAGGGUAGACAUGCCUCUCCUCACCCCCGAACUGUCUGGAGAGGUGAGGCUCUGUCCCCCACUUCCCCCCGUUCUCACCCAGGAGAUGCCAUCCCUCACCCUCGCCGUCAGCGGAGGUCACGUCCAGGUCAAAGGUCAGAGGUCCUCCUCCUCGACUGCCCGACAUGGUGGUUCUCUAACGUUACCGGAUUUACCGGACAGUCACCCGGUCCUCGCUCCAGUGCUCCAACGCGAGACGCCCACCACCCUCUCGUCAGAAACAGAAACGUUAACGGACGAGGUGUGCGAGGUGGAGUUGGCGUCAAAGAAGUCGAAGGAAGAGGAUUUUAGACCGUUAGCACUUUACAGCGACUGGUGCUUAGGUUCUACUGAAGACCACCAUAGACCAGAGCUGGAUUUACAGUUAGCGGCUUACGUGGCUAAUGCAGCUAGCGACGCUCGGCCCAAAAUGGCCGCCUCUGAGCACAAAAUGGCACCCUCUCGGCACUCCGGUCCUACCGAAGACCACCACCGUAGACCAGAGCUGGAGUUACAGUUAGCGGCUAAUGCAGCUAGCGAUGCUCAACCCAAAAUGGACGCCCCUCUGCUUAAAAUGACCACCGCCGCUUCCCAUCUAGAAGCACUGCCAAUCCAGACGUUGUCUGAGGCAGUGCUGACCAUCGAGAACCACUGUAGCCCAACCUCAGCGGAGGCCCAUGCUAGCGACCACAUGCUCUGUGACGUUACGCUACUGCAAACGCAGCAAACCCAGAAACACAGGUCCUCCAAGGCAACCGCAACAGCAGCAGUAUCCAUGGAUUCCAACUCGGAAGGAUCAUCUCAAAGAGACAAAGUAUUUAGAGACUCCAGUGCUACGGGUAUAUAUCUAGCUAGCACCAGUUUGACUUAUAACAAUACGUUGGCCCACUCUUCUGAGCUGAGUGUUUUAAAUGAACAUUCAGCAACACUACAACACCAAAACAACAACAACGAAACUCCACACUCCAACAUGGAUGUCGUUUGUAGUUCACGAAACGUGGAAUCCAUUUGUAGUUCACGAAACGUGGAAUCCAUUUGUAGUUCACGAAACGUGGAAUCCAUUUGUAGUUCACGAAACGUGGAAUCCAUUUGUAGUUCACGAAACGUGGAUUCUAUUUCUGGUUCCAGAAACAUGGAAUCCAUUUGUAGUUCCCAAAACGUGGAUUCCAUUUGUAGUUCUCGAAACAUGGACUCUGUUUGUAGUUCCCAAAGCCUCUACCUGGAGCCCAAACCUUUCUCAGACGGCAUCUGGAAGAACCUCAACUCCCAGAGUCCUGCGGUGCUCAUCGAGAGCCUCCACCACCCGGAGCUCCCUGCUGAUUAUACCCACGAUGCACUGCCCUACACCAUGUGGACUGAGCCGCAGUGCAAAGAGGUCACAGACCUCGAUCACGACACUGAGACGGACGACCAGGACCUAGAGGGACAGGGGGAUGGGCCUCUCACCUGGGCCCAGCUGGAGUCCACCUCUCUGGGUUCGGCCGGUGUCGGGGAGCCCCUGGGUCUCUGUGGAGACUUUGAGCUCCAGAGAGGGGAGGUGGAGGCAGCGGAAGCCCUGGCUCUGUGCAGGGAACUGGGGGUGGAGAGGGAGGCCGAGGGGGGUCUAGAACCAGACCCUCCUGAAUCGCCCUUGGAGGAGAGACUUGUGGAAGGAGAGGAGGAGGGGGUGUCAGAAAUGGAAGAGGGGGAUUCGGAGGAAGAGGGGCAGAGCAGCACGAGGGAGGAGAGUAGUAGUGAGUCGUCGGAAGGAGAGGCAGAGGAAGAGGAGGAAGAAGUGGAGGAAGACGAUGAUAAUGAUUUGAGCGACUUUGAGUGUGGGGACUCGGGGCUGGAACCUGGAGAGGUUUGCACUGUGCGUAUGGCUGCUGAGACACACACGGGGAAGAGAACCAGUAAGAGCUGGCGUCACCCUCUGAGGAAGCCCACCGUGCAGGCCGCGCCCGCUGCUGUCAAACAGGCUGUCAGCGAUGACGAACCCCCGGAGGCGUGUUUGACGGAGGAGCAGGAGGCUGAGCCGUGGGCUAAGCCCCUCCUCUUCUUGUGGCAGAACAGGAAGUGUUACUUCACGGCGGAGAGAGAGUACAACGCCAACGCAGCAACGAUGUUGCCCCACUGUGCUGUCUGCACACUGUUCAUGCCCUACUACCAGCCUGAGGACAGAGCUGACGACCUCAAGCCCGUCCCCUCCUCCCCUCUCCCUUCCUCCUCCCCUCCCUCCCCCACUACCUCCAGGUCUAGAGGAGGAGCAGAGGCUCUGAGGAGGAGCAAGCCCCUGCUGCCAGAGAUGUGUUUCAGCUACAGGGAGCAGACGUGUCCCCCGACCCCCACCAACGCCCUGCUGCAGGAGGAUGGCACCAGCCCACUGCUCACCUGUCAGGGAUGCUGUCUACAGGUCCAUGCUAGUUGCUAUGGCGUCACUGCUGAUGAUGUCAGCAAGGACUGGUCAUGUGAUCGCUGUGUGGACGGAACCUUCACGGCUGAGUGUUGUCUGUGUAAUCUGAGAGGAGGAGCUCUGAAGAAAACUACAGAUGACAAGUGGGCCCAUGUAAUGUGUGCAGUAGCUCUGCCAGAGGUCUGGUUCAGUGAUGAAGUCAGGAGGAGUCCCAUUGAUACCAGCAGGAUACCCAUGCAGAGAUACAAACUGAAGUGCAUCUACUGCCGUAAGCGGUGUGUGAGGCGUGGCCAGGGCGGGGGAGGGGCAUGUAUCCAGUGUUCGUGCGGGCGAUGUCCCACCUCCUUCCACGUUACCUGUGCCCACGCCGCCGGGGUCACCAUGGAGCCGGACGAUUGGCCCUACGUGGUGUCAAUCACCUGCCACAGGCAUCAAUCACGGAGCUCGUCUGCUCAGCGUGCAGCGUUUCAGAAGGACAUCGUACUGGGUCAGACCGUCAUCUCCAAACACAAGAACCUGAGGUACUACAGUUCAAAGGUCACUCAGGUGACCUCCCAGACCUUCUAUGAGGUCAUGUUUGAUGACGGAUCCUUCAGCAACGACACCUACCCAGAGGACAUAGUGAGCAGGGACUGUGCCCGUCUUGGUCCUCCUGAAGUAGGGGAGGCUGUCCAGGUGAAAUGGCCUGAUGGACUCUUCUAUGGAGCCAAAUACCUGGGAUCCAACACCUCGUAUAUGUACCAGGUGGAGUUUGAGGAUGGUUCCCAGGUGUUAGCUAAGAGAGAGGACGUCUAUACUCUGGAUGAAGACCUUCCCAAAAAGGUGAAAGGGCGACUCUCGACAGCAUCCAGCAUGCGUUUCCAGGACGCCUUCUUCACCACCCAGGGAGAGAGGAAGAGACAGAGAACGCCCAACUCCCGUUUCCAGAAUGACUAUGUGGCCCUCCCAGGCCUCCUUACCGCCACCAAGAGCACAUGGGAGUCCCGCAGCCCUAAAGGGACAUGAUGGAGGGGUGGAGAGAUAGAUGGAGGGGUGAAAAAUGAAUGCACUGACGUGUGUGUGUGUGUGUGUGUGGGAUGUAAAGGUUUGUGUGUGUGUGUAGGAGAAGAGGGCUGGGCAGAGGAGAAUUUUGAUUGGACUGUAUUGUCCUGAAGAAAGAUUAUCAUGGGUUGUGGUGGUUGCCUAGCGCUUUCACAGAAGUCAGGGAAUUCAAAAACAAAACAACUUUGUCACCUGAUCACGUUUUUUGAAAUAAAUGACAAACACAAAGGUU